CACAAGUCUCACGCUCAGCUUUUAUUAUCAUUCAUUCAUCACUCUUUCAUCUUUCACACUCACACCCUUCAGUUUCACUCUCUCUCCUUUCUGCCAUUCAGAUACCAAUGAGCUCUGAAAAUCGCAGUCUGCAAAAUGAAUAGAGAAAAUGCUGCAAUUAGUGGUGUGAGAGAUGGUGGACAACUAGUGGUUCGAGUUACUCGAGCAAUGGCUAGAUCAUUGGGAGGGGUAUCUAACUCUUCCAGACCCUCUUUUAAAAAGGAAAGCAAAGGCCAAGCUUCUAUUGAUAAGAACAGGGCAGUGUUAGGAGAUGUUACCAACAUCUGCAGAAAAUCACAGGACAAGUGUGUUGAGGCAAGGAAAUUUCAGACAAGAGGAGGUUAUAAGAAGAGAAAUGCAAAGGGAGCUUCAGAUGUCUCCAUGCAAGUUUUGUCAACCCAAGAGGAUGUUAGAGCAAAGGUAGCUAAAGACUAUUCCACAAUAUUGAUGGAAGAAUCACAUGACAACUUCGUAGCAGAAAGGCUGGAAGACAGAGCGCCACUACAACCCUGUAUGGCUGAUAACAUGAGAGAAUGUGGUAUGGCAGUUCCCCUGCUUUCAGUGCAGGACUCUAAGAAGUCUGAUGAACUUCUGAGUUCUCCAGAUAAAGACAUAGAAAUGAUUUGUGAGAAACUAAGAGCCUCAGAUGGAUUGGGCAUUGUGGACAUUGAUUCAGAGGAGUUAAAGGAUCCUCAAGUUUGGAGUUCUUAUGCCCCUGAUAUAUACAAUAAUAUAUGCAUCAGAGAGUAUGAAAGCAGGCCGGUAAUUGCCAAUUACAUGGACAAGUUGCAGCAAGAUAUCACUCCAAGCAUGCGAGGAAUUCUUGUUGAUUGGCUUGUAGAGGUUUCUGAGGAAUAUAAGUUAGUUCCUGACACUCUCUACCUGACGGUGAAUCUCAUUGAUCGGUUUCUUUCUAGAUGUUUGGUUCAGAAACAAAGGCUCCAGUUGGUGGGUGUUACAUGCAUGCUGCUUGCAUCAAAGUAUGAAGAGAUUUGUGCUCCUCGAGUGGAAGAAUUUUGCUUCAUAACAGAUAAUACAUACACAAAAGCGGAGGUAUUGAAAAUGGAGAGUGAGGUUCUAAAUCUUUUGCAUUUUCAAUUAUCUGUUCCCACCACUAAAACAUUUCUCAGGAGGUUCAUCCAAGCAGCACAGUCUUCCUACAAGGUUAGCUAUGUUGAACUGGAGUUCCUGGCAAAUUAUUUAGCAGAGCUUACUCUUCUUGAAUAUAGCUUCUUGCAGUUUCUACCUUCCCUGAUAGCUGCAUCGGCCGUAUUACUUGCCAAGUGGACCCUCAACCAGUCAGAACAUCCAUGGAAUUCAACUAUGGAGCACUAUACAAAUUACAAAGUGUUAGAGCUUAAAACUACUGUCCUUGCGCUGGCAGAUUUGCAACUUAAUACCAAAGGCUGUUGCCUGAAUGCUAUUCACGAAAAAUAUAAACAACAGAAGUUCAAGAGCGUGGCAAAUUUGUCUCCAAAAGCGGUGCAGUCACUUUUCCAGGUUCAAGUGUAAAGUUGUAAAUGAUGGGUCUCUGAAGACUAAAGUUUGACAUGCAGAAUUGCUGAUACAGGAAAGGUGUAUUAUCAUUGAUUGAAAUUAUUUGACCAUCUAAUUAUUGUCAUGACAUGUACUCAUGUAGGAUGGUGCCAAACAUUUGUGCUUCCAAAUCUAAUUGUAACGUGAAAUUGAUACAUAAUGAUUUAGUUCACGUAGAGAAUUGUACUAACAUCUAUUUCAGAAUCCAUUUUUGGGUAGCCGUUAUGAAAGCUGAAGUGCUUCAACAUUAUUUUUGGACUGUAUCAACCAUCCAUAUAUAAUAAAAAAAA